UCAUUUACUUUAAUAAUUCUUCUUCUGCCCCUGAACUUUAGAUUUUUUCCUUUUGCUUUUUGCUCAUUUUCGUAUUCUAAAUCUCUCAUACAAAUCAUUCACUUGAUCCAUGUGAGAAGCUAAAAUUAAUGUUCAUACUUUUCCAGCUAUUGAUCCUGAUCCAAAUCUCAGACAAGCCGAUAUAAUCUCAAGACAUCCUGAAUUAAUUGUCUGUAAGUCUUGAAUUGCAUCGAAGUAAACGCCAUGGAAUCUUCGCUGCUUUUUAACCAGCUCCAGGCUGCUGAACCCUUUUUCCUAUUGGCUGGUCCAAAUGUGAUCGAAUCGGAGGAGCAUAUAUUUAGGAUGGCUAAGCACAUCAAGAAUAUAUCGUCGAAGUUUGGUUUGCCACUGGUUUUCAAGUCGAGCUUUGAUAAAGCUAACCGAACAUCUGCAAAAUCCUUUCGUGGUCCAGGCAUGGUCGAAGGCCUGAAGAUACUUGAAAAGGUUAAAUUAGCAUAUGAUAUACCCAUAGUGACUGAUGUGCAUGAAACCAUACAGUGCGAAGCCGUUGGCAAGGUUGCAGAUAUUAUUCAGAUUCCCGCGUUUUUGUGUCGACAGACUGAUCUUCUAGUUGCAGCAGCCAAGACAGGGAGAAUUAUAAAUAUUAAGAAAGGCCAGUUUUGUGCUCCUUCUGUUAUGAAAAAUUCAGCUGAAAAGAUCAGAAUGGCUGGGAAUUCAAAUGUGAUGGUUUGUGAGAGAGGAACUAUGUUUGGAUAUAAUGACUUAAUCGUUGAUCCUCGGAACCUGGAAUGGAUGAGAGAGGCAAACUGCCCUGUUGUUGCUGACAUUACCCAUUCAUUGCAACAACCUGCUGGGAGACAGUUGGGUGAUGGAGGUGUUGCUAGUGGUGGCCUACGUGAAUUAAUACCGUGCAUUGCGAGGACAGCAGUGGCUGUUGGAGUAGAUGGGAUAUUCAUGGAGGUGCAUGAUGACCCUAUGAACGCUCCAGUUGAUGGUCCAACGCAGUGGCCUUUGCGUCAUUUGGAGGAAUUGCUGGAAGAGCUUGUGGCAAUUGCACGAGUGAGCAAGGGUAAGCAGCAUUUUAAUAUCGACUUGACGCCAUUUCGUGAGUAGAGACACGACGCACCAUGAAAGUUCGAACUGAGGUACGAGAGCUAUGAUUUGAAUACACCAAUUCUUGCUCAUUAUUGACAUUACCGCUACCAAGUUAGUUUGAUUUUGUGUAGAUACUUCUUAUCUAUCUUCACAUGAACUGAACAUGAUGCUUUAGUUUUUGUCUUACACCAAUCAUGAACUAUUUGUCUUUUGCUUCUAAAUAUCAUGUUCCUUCGCUAUUA